GCGACCACGAAAUUGUGAACAAUAUGUACGAAACCGAGGCAGAGCUCCUGGCCGGCGAAAGCGCAGAAGAGGAGACGGAGGACAGCAUCAUGUCCCCCAUCCCCAUUGGGCCCCCCUCCCCUUUCCCUGCGGGUGAGGACUUCCAUCCCAAAGAGGGGUCUCCGUACGAGGCCCCCGUCUACAUUCCCGAUGACAUCCCCAUCCCGUCCGACUUUGAACUGAGGGAAUCUUCCAUUCCCGGAGCAGGAUUGGGCAUCUGGACCAAAAAGAAGCUGGAAGCCGGAGAGCGAUUCGGGCCCUAUGUGGCUUUCCCCAGGACAACGUUGAAGGACACGAAUUUUGGAUGGGAG